UGCAGGGACAGUGGCAUCUGAGUCGGGUGGAGAAGAGAAAUGGGGACACAGAGGUAUGUAUGUGCAAGAGAGAAGACAUGCCCAGUUUUGAAAGCCAAUGGCUUUCCUGCUGAAGAGGUUGAAGGAGCUGACCGUGCAACUAAACAUAUUGACAAGGGCAGGGAGGGAGGCCUAGAAUGCUGGAUGAACUGUGGAUUGGAUCCUGCUGGACAUGGGUAGCCAUUAAGGGCUUGAAAGCUGGGGAUAUGGGGUGGUGACAUGGCAGAUACUUGUAAUUUCUAAAGCCCUGCUGGGGAGUGGAGGCUGGAGAGCCAAGGGAGAUGUUUGCAAAGACCCAAGCUAGAGAUGACCAUGGCCUGCCUUGGGUCCAAGCAAGGGAGGUGAGAUGGACUGGAGAAGGAUUGAGGAGGCAGAUGGGACUGGAAGUAGAGGAGGGGUGAAGGCAGAUGGGAAGAGAUGAUGCCCCACCUGUGGGGGCAACCCAGGGAACGAACAGUUGGAUGGGGGAGGUGAUGGUUUUGGUCAGGACAAGCUAAGUGCCCCCUGCCUCAGCCAGAGCUGAAAGGGGGCAGUGGCUGAAGAGAGAGGGUGCAGUGAGCUUCCUGGGCAAGAUAGAUUCGUAGACAUCAGUGCCUCCUGACUUAUGAAGCCCCAGGUAAUAGCCAGUAGUCCCCUGGGACUACAUUGGUCACCUCCUCCCCUGCCCCAGCUGAGGCUGUUUUGAGUGUUCCUUUGGGAGAUGGAGACAUCCUUAUUGGCAUAUGGAUAGGGUGGGUGUGUACAUCAUACCUGGCAGGAACCGCACCAGAAUCAGAGGUAAUUGGCCAAAGGCAGACCCAGGGUGAGAGUCACGGGGAGGGAGGGGAAGAACAUGCCAACAUUCUGUGUUCCCAACCCCUACAUAUAUGGUCUCUUUUAUCCUCAAAGCAGCCCUCGGAGGACAGCACCCCGAGAGGGACGGGGACUUGCAAGUGGGUAAGAGUCAGGAUUAGAACUUGGCUUUGUUGGACAUAGAGCCCGUUGCCUCAAACAGAGUUGUGAGGACACAAAAAGCAGAUGUAUUCCCAGCAUGCCAUUCUGGUUCAGAAUGAGGAGGAACUUCUGCUCGCUAUGGAAUGGGCUGCUUUGUUAGGAGUGAGCGCUCUGCCGCUGAAGGUAUUCAAAGCUGGCCAUGAAAAUGUCAGCGAUGCUAGACGUGCGGGUCAGCUCAGAUAACAUCCAGAUGCUCAAGUCUGGCCUUGUAUUAGAUUUCUUUUUUUUUUUUUUUUUUUUUUUUUGGUUCUUCAGCAAUAAAUUCAUUUAUUCAGCAAAAAAUAAAUUAUGUGUGCUGAGAGCAAGCAGAAGAUAUGUCUCCGUUCUCUGCUUUCCUCCAAGGAAAGAAUCCCCAAACUGCCCUUUCUGUGAACUUGUGCCAGGGUCUCAGCAGGACCGGAGGAGAGCAGGAAGCCCGGCCCUGCCCCCCCUGCACUGUGAAGAAGCUUUGGGCUCUGGCAACAGCAGAGCCUCUUCCAGUCUCUGCCGUGCUGCUGCGUGGGCGGGGGGGUGGGGGGUUUGGACAAGUCCUCUGACCUUCCGGUCUCAGUUUCUUCAUCUGCAAAAUAGGGGAAUAGCACCACCAAAGGUGCAUGCCUAGCAGGAGUUCUUCUCCCUCCUUUGCAGGAAGGCAGUCGGUGGUAAGCCCCGCCUGGGGCCUUGUGAGCAGCAGGAAGGAUAUGUGGCUGCUGUUGGCCCUGCUGGGGGUCCUGGUGGGGGUGCCUGGGGCUCCAGCUUUGUCCCUUGAAGCCUCUGAGGAAAUGGAGCUAGAGCCCUGCCUGGCCCCCAGCCCAGAGCAGCGAGAGCAGGAGCUGACCGUGGCCCUUGGGCAGCCUAUGCGGCUGUGCUGUGGCCGGGCUGAGCGUGGUGGCCACUGGUACAAGGAGGGCAGUCGCCUACCACCUGCUGGCCGGGUACGAGGCUGGAGGGGCCGCUUGGAGAUUGCCAGCUUCCUACCGGAGGAUGCUGGCAGCUACCUCUGCCUGGCACGAGGCUCCAUGCUUGUCCUGCGCAAUGUUACCUUGGUUGUGGAUGACUCCUUGCCCUCCAGCAAUGGUAAUGAGGACCCUAAAGCCCACGGGGGCCCCUUGAAUGGGCACAUUUACCCCCACCAAGCACCCUACUGGACACACCCUCAGCGCAUGGAGAAGAAACUGCAUGCAGUGCCUGCCGGGAACACUGUCAAGUUCCGCUGUCCAGCUGCAGGCAACCCCACGCCCACCAUCCGCUGGCUCAAGGAUGGACAGGACUUCCAUGGGGAGCAUCGCAUUGGAGGCAUUCGGCUGCGCCACCAGCACUGGAGCCUGGUGAUGGAAAGUGUGGUGCCCUCGGACCGUGGCACAUACACUUGCCUCGUGGAGAACUCUAUGGGCAGCAUCCGCUAUAGCUAUCUGCUGGAUGUGCUGGAGCGGUCCCCGCACCGGCCCAUCCUGCAGGCGGGGCUCCCGGCCAACACCACAGCUGUGGCCGGCAGCGACGUCGAGCUGCUGUGCAAGGUAUACAGCGACGCCCAGCCCCACAUCCAGUGGCUGAAGCACAUCGUCAUCAACGGCAGCAGUUUUGGGGCCGACGGCUUCCCCUACGUGCAAGUCCUGAAGACAGCAGACAUCAAUAGCUCAGAGGUGGAGGUCCUAUACCUUCGGAACGUGUCAGCUGAGGAUGCGGGCGAGUACACCUGCCUGGCGGGCAAUUCCAUUGGCCUCUCCUACCAGUCAGCCUGGCUCACGGUGCUGCCAGAGGAGGACCUCACAUGGACAGCAGCGGCGCCGGACGCCAGGUACACGGACAUCAUUCUGUACGUGUCAGGCUCUCUGGCGUUGGUUGUCCUGCUGCUGGCCGGGCUGCAUCGAGGGCAGGUACUCAUCAGCCGGCACCCCAGGCAGCCUGCCACCGUGCAGAAGUUGUCCCGCUUCCCUCUGGCCCGACAGUUCUCCCUGGAGUCGGGUUCUUCGGCCAAGUCAAGCUCCUCCUUGGUGCGGGGUGCCCGUCUCUCCUCCAGUGGCCCUCCCUUGCUCGCUGGCCUUGUGAGUCUAGACCUCCCUCUCGACCCACUGUGGGAGUUCCCCCGGGACAGGCUGGUGCUCGGGAAGCCGCUGGGUGAGGGCUGCUUUGGGCAGGUGGUGCGGGCAGAGGCCUUCGGCAUGGACCCCGCCCGGCCUGACCAAGCCAGCACCGUGGCUGUCAAGAUGCUCAAGGACAAUGCCUCCGACAAGGACUUGGCAGACCUGGUCUCUGAGAUGGAGGUGAUGAAGCUGAUUGGCCGACAUAAGAACAUUAUCAAUCUGCUGGGUGUCUGUACUCAGGAAGGGCCCCUGUACGUGAUCGUGGAAUGUGCCGCCAAGGGAAACCUGCGGGAGUUCCUACGGGCCCGGCGGCCCCCAGGCCCCGACCUCAGCCCUGACGGGCCGAGGAGCAGUGAGGGGCCGCUUUCCUUCCCUGCCCUGGUUUCCUGCGCCUACCAGGUGGCCCGGGGCAUGCAGUAUCUAGAGUCGAGGAAGUGCAUCCACCGGGACCUGGCUGCCCGGAACGUACUGGUGACAGAGGACAAUGUGAUGAAGAUUGCCGACUUUGGGCUGGCCCGUGGUGUCCACCACAUUGACUACUACAAGAAAACCAGCAAUGGCCGCCUGCCUGUCAAGUGGAUGGCACCUGAGGCCUUAUUUGACCGAGUCUACACACACCAGAGUGACGUGUGGUCGUUUGGGAUCCUGCUGUGGGAGAUCUUCACCCUCGGGGGCUCCCCGUACCCCGGCAUUCCUGUGGAGGAGCUGUUCUCACUGCUGCGGGAGGGCCAUCGGAUGGACCGGCCCCCGAACUGUCCCCCAGAGCUGUACGGGCUGAUGCGGGAGUGCUGGCACGCGGCGCCCUCUCAGAGGCCUACUUUCAAGCAGCUGGUGGAGGCACUGGACAAGGUCCUGCUGGCCGUCUCCGAGGAGUACCUAGACCUCCGCCUGACCUUUGGACCUUACGCCCCUGCUGGUGGGGAUGCCAGCAGCAUCUGCUCCUCCAUCGACUCUGUCUUCUGCCACGACCCCCUGCCCCUAGGGCCCCGCGCCUUCUCCUUCCCUGAGGCGCAGACAUGAGCUGGGGCACAAGGUUGGGUAGCCAGGCGGGCCAGCGGCCUUCAGCCUCCCCGGCUUAGCUGCAACCUGGCAGCGCUUGACUUCUGCAACCUCAGGCCCCAACUUCAGGGUACUGUCCCAGACCUCUAGUUCUGCUUUGGGGAGGUCCAUUCUUGUUCCUGAGGUCCCUAGAUGAGGCUUCCUGCUCUGGCCUCGGAUUCCCAGGCCAGGCUGCAGCCCCAGUCUUAAGGCCCUGUCCUUGCCUUUGCAGUCAUGGCUCCAGUGUUCUGAUGGCCUGAGUGUUAGGGUUCUGCCUGGCCUCCUGGGCCUUGGCACUCAGUCCUUGAUCCAGGGGUUUGGCUGGACCUAGCUGUAGAACUGUCCUAAACCUCCUUGCUUCCUUGUACCAAGGGAGGUCUUGGGCCUCUGAACCCCAUUUCCUCUGGUCUCCCCUUUGCCGCUUGUCCCAGCAUCUUGGUGGAAAGAGCAUCGGUCCCUGUGCUCCUAGCUGAGAAGCUGGAAGUCUGCCGAAAACACAGAAGCAAAUGCCCUUUUAUAAA